AUGAGUCUAAAGAAGUGCCGCAGGGAUCUCCGCGAAUAUAAUAUUCCGAUAGGAACCUUGCUGAGCGAAGACGGGACUCGCACAUCUUCUCGUCGUGAGAUGGAAAUCAUAACGGAAAGGUUCUACUCGAACCUUUUCCGUUCAUCAACUCCUCUGUCAAACCCGAUCAUCCCCACUGGUGAAGCUUCACCACGGAUUCUCCCUUCGGAAGUACGAGACGCUAUCAAGAGCAUGAAACCUGGCACAGCCCCCGGACCUGAUUUAAUAUCAGCAGACUUUCUUCGGGCUGGUGGCCAUCCGCUUCAUGUAAUCUUAGCAGCGCACAUGACAUCCUACCUUUAG